AUGGAGGAAGGGAAUCAAGCUCUAGCAGUGGUGUGCCCAUUUGUGGAGGAGGAGGAGGAAGCGGUGACCCAGGGUACGGAAGAGGAGGAGGAAGCUCAGGUCAUGGAGGCUCCAUCUCUGGUGGUGGCCAGUCCAUUUGUGGAGGAGGAGGAGGAGGCUCAGGGUAUGGAGGAGGAAGCUCAGGCAGUGGAGGCUCCAUCUCUGCUGGUGGCCGGCCCAUUUGUGGAGGAGGCUCUGGGUAUGGAGGAGGAGGAGGAAGCACCGGCAGGAGAGGCUCGAUCUCAGGCAGUGGAGGAGGAGGAAGCUCAGGUAGUGGAGGGUCCAUCUCUGGUGGUGGUGGGUCCAUUUGUGGAGGAGGAGGAGGCUCAGGGUAUGGAGGAGGAAGCUCUGGCAGGAGAGGGUCGAUCUCAGGAGGUGGAGGAGGAGGAAGCUCAGGUCAUGGAGGCUCCAUCUCUGGUGGUGGUGGGUCCAUUUGUGGAGGAGGCUCAGGGUAUGGAGGAGGAGGAGGAAGCUCUGGCAGAAGAGGCUCGAUCUCAGGAGGUGGAGGAGGAGGAAGCUCACGUCAUGGAGGGUCCAUCUCUGGUGGUGGUGGGUCCAUAUGAGGUGGAGGAGGAGGUGGCUCAAGCUAUGGAGGAGGAGGAAGCACUGGCAGGAGAGGCUCGAUCUCAGGCGGUGGAGGAGGAGGAAGCUCAGGUCAUGGAGGGUCCAUCUCUGGUGGUGGUGGGUCCAUAUGUGGAGGAGGAGGUGGAGGAGGAGGUGGCUCAAGCUAUGGAGGAGGAGGAAGCACUGGCAGGAGAGGCUCGAUCUCAGGAGGUGGAGGAGGAGGAAGCUCAGGUCAUGGAGGUGGGGGAUCCCAUUCUGGUGGUAGCUGUAGUUCUGGUAGUGAAGGUUAUGGCUACGGAGUUGGGGGAUCCAGUUAUGGUGGCAGCUGCAGCUCUGCUUGUGGAGGGCUUCCACAGCAGGAGCUGCGGAAGUGAAGGUAUUCGUGUGGUGCACUUCAACGAGAGCCUGAUGCAACCUCUUGAUGUGAAGGUCAACUGCGAAAUCCAGCACAUCCAAAAGCAGGAGAGAGAGCAGAUGAAGAGCCUCAAUAACCAGUUUGCCUCUUUGAUUGACAAGGUACAGCAUCUGGAGCAGCAGAACAGGAUAUUGGCCACCAAAUGGACCCUACUCCACAAGAAGGCCCUGCCAUCCCGGCAGAGCAUCAAGCAUGUCUUUGACAACUUCAUUGGCCUGCAGAGGUGGCUGGACUCACUGCUGCAUGAGCAGGGAUAGAUGGAGCCUGAGCUGAACAACAUGGAGAAGAUCGUUGAAGAGAUGAGAUGCAAAUACGAACAGGAAAUGAAUGGAUGCACAGCUGCCAAGAAGGAGUUUGUGUUACUGGAGAAGGAUGUGGACUGUGUGUAUCUGACCAAGGCAGAGCUGGAAGCACAUCUGGAAACCCUGAAGCAGGAGAUAGGGUUCCUGAAAUGCGUGUCUGCUCAGGUCAGGCUCUCAGUAGUGGUGGUACUUCCUCUGGAGUAUGAGACGAGAAAUUCAGUGACAGAGGCAUACUGA